UACACAUAGAGGCGCCAGUAAACGAGCUCCAUUUAAAACAUAACCACGUUCGGCAGCUGUGUCGCCUGUGUCUUCUCUUUGUGUAAUCUUUUAAACAUAUCAAAAUUUACUUUCUUGGUUACAAGUACAUCAAUACACAUAACACAAUACACAUCUAACAAUGUCUGACGAAGAAGUAAUACGCCGGCGUCUGCUCAUAGACGGUGAUGGGACAGGAGACGAUCGUAGGAUCAAUAUGCUAUUGAAAUCGUUCAUAAAAUGGAUCAACAGUUCCGACGUGGACAACACCCUGCACGAAAGGAUGCUGUCGCAAUUGGCGCAAUGCGAGUUUGCACAGAAGAAAUCCCGACUGGUCUCGAACAUGAGUCGAGAAGAGUUGAAGAGCUAUGAGCAGCUGUCGAAGGAGAUCGAGGUGCAAAUAGAGAAGGCCAAGGAGGACAUAGAGAAAACUAAGGCGGAGCUGCAGGAUGCCAAACGUGUGAGGAAAAAUAGAAUAGAGUACGAUGUACUGGCCAAAGUCAUUAAUGAACAGCCGGACCGAUUGGACACACACAUCAAGCUCGAUACGCUGCAACAAGAAUUGGGCGCUUUAAAGGAGAAAUCGGAACAGCUGGAGCACAAGUUAGAAAUGCGUCGCAAGCAAUUCCACGUUCUAAUAUCCUCCAUACACUCUCUGCAAGGUAUGUUGGACGAGGGUGAUGAGGAAGCGAUGGACGUGAGCCUUGAGAAUGUCACAGGGAACAGCAGUGAUGUGCAAAUAGCGUGUGACAAUUCAUCGUAAAGCGAAUGUCAAGUACUUCAUGGAUUAGAACGGACAACGAUCGUAAAAGUGUCUACCUCUGUCGUUUCCAGCCGUUUGUAAAAGUCAAGGAGUGUAUGAGAACCACAGCUGACGGUAGUUACAACAGGAUAAAAAAGUGGACCAUCCGAGUGUGCCUGGUGAAGACACUGCGUUACUAUUCAGUAUGUGCGAUACUAUAACGUGUAUAUACUUUCGCAUUUUUUUCUAUUCUUACGUAGAUAGAUGUAAUUUAUACUUUACAAUGGAGAAAAAAAAACCAGUAAAACAUA